AUCGUUUUCUUUGAGAGGAUAUCAUUCCAAAGAUUCACAUUACAACAACUGUUUGUUGGUUAAAAGUUUUACCAAAAUGAAUUUCAUCAUAAUUUCACUUGUAAUAUUGACUUUACUGUUUCAGUUGAAUCAAGCCACUGAAAUCAGAAUGAGUUCAAACAAUUUGUUGAUUAAAGCCAAAAUAACUCAUGAGGAAUCAAAAAAUACUUGGUACUUGGCUGAAACAGUUUAUUUCAAGCCCGAAAUUCAUGGAGUAAUCAGGAUACAAAAAGAUGACAUCGAGAUGCAAGUUCAUUACAAUCUCAACACUUCAAAAAGAAUCGUUUUUCUCGAUAAUCGUGCCAUGGAAAUGGGAAGUAUUCGCGAUUUCACUUGGAACGGUGUACAAUUACCUGUAUCAACGAUCAGAUUAAUCAAUAAGUUGAUAUUCGGUCCGGUUAAUUGCUAUUCAUUCCUCUUAGAUUACAGCUAUCAAGAAAAUGAAAGCGAAAGAGCGAUCAAAUUUCGGAGUAAAAAUGAUGGACAGUCAUUAUUUUGGGUCUACAAAUUCAUAGCAAGUCUUACACCUUAUGUUGAAUUACGUGAAUUGGAUAACAUAACUAUUUCUAAUUCGGCAAAUGGUCCUGCGAUUACCAUGAAAAUUGACAAAAUUGUCAGUUUAAAUAGUGUAGUAAUAGAAACUGGGCAACAGUUUUUUGUUGGAUUCAAUGAAACUCUAACUGAUCAUAUUCAUCAAUCAACAGUUGAUACUCAGUUUGAUUUAACUAGAGAUAGCAAAGUACCAAUUUCAUGGAUAAAGUAUGCAAGACAAGGAAUCAACUAUGAAGAAGUAGAUGACUUACGAUAUGGUUCAGAGUUUGAUUCAACAGCCGAUGACUGUGCAAUUCAUUCAAGCAAUCGAAAUGAAUCAUUCAAUUUUGCAAGCUUAAGCUUUCACGAAAUAUUUUUGACGAACUUGGCUUUCAGAUACACAAAUGAAAUUUUAUUCCCAAUCAAAUAUCAACACAGUGACAAGUUAAUUAUGGAUAAAAUAGAGUUCGAUAAACAAAUUGGAAACUUCUCGUACGAUUUAGUGAUCACAACUCUUAGAGUGGAUAGAAGGCCUGAAAACAUCUCAUCAGACUUGAUCCUGCAAAAUCUUCAAGUUGAACGAAAGCUUUAUAACAAAGAAAAUGAAUCUUCAUUGGAAUAUCAACUAAUAAAAACUCAGAAAAGCUUCUUUUAUGGUUACACCGAAUUGAAUUAUGAGCCUGAACAUCUAGUUUAUGCUCUCAAUAAAAAGUGUUUCCAAGAUGCCAAAAUGGAUGUUUUAACACUUCGAGUAACACCUUCAAAAAAAUUGUCUCCAAUCGAAACAUAUUCAAUAGUCAAUAGCGUCGAGUUGCGUGAAAAUCUUGAAAAGUUAAUGUGUUUCAAGCUUGGAAUAUCUUAUCUGAGGAUAAAAUCGGUUAGAUUUCAGAUUCACAGCACUUAUCUAAUAGCCACAGUCGAAAUUACCGAAAGAUUCGAUUUCGUUGAUUUACCAAGAAAAAGUCAUCGCAAGCUGGAUGUAUCUGGAUUUCUGACUGAUUUUUACUCGGAUAUUGUAACAUGCUUGAGACUUGAAGCCAUGAAAAGAAAUGUCAGUAAAAUUAUCAGCUGUAAUGACAUUAGCCAUGGAUGCAUUGGAAUAACUGUUGACCAGCCUUUGCCUGUGGCAAAUGAAAAUGGCUCAAAUUGUGUUUUAUACAACAAUUUGGAUAAAGUAUUGUAUAAACUUGUUCAAGAGCCAUCAUUAAGAGAUCUGAAAAUGUCAUACAAACAUCUGAAUCAAACAACGCUUUCCAGUGCUGAACUAAACUUUGACCUACAUCUAAUUGACUCAUCGCAAAAUGAUAUCCAUUCAUCGAUUGAUACUGAUUCGUUUAAUGAGAAAGUUGGUAGUAAAAAUUAUUUUGGUCAUUAUGUAUUUUUUAUACUAAUUGUGGCCAUCAUUUGUGCAGUCAUUGGAUUUGCUGCAAUUUUUAGCAAAUUAUAUCGACGAAACGUUCAAAUCAGCUCAUCUCCGUCAAUUUCACUGACAGUUUUGAAAGAUUCAUAAGAUUAUAACAUUAUCAGUGUAAAUUGGCAACCAUGAAUUACUUACUUAAAUUGUAAACUUACUUUGUGGUUAAAAUGGCGAAUUUUUGUAUUGAACAAUUUCAAAUUAUUGUAUAAUUUCAAUUUGUAAACGGUCGUGGAGACCGCAUCCGCCCUGCACUGCGAGUGUAACUUCUCGGAUUCACUCUUCACACUCUUGUGCGUGAUGAUUAGCUGCAUCCUUAUUCCUGUAACAAGGUGAAAUGAAAUAAAUAAAGUCAAGAAUAACCCUACUGUAUUUCAA